UGUGCAAAUCAUAACCAGUUUGGCCUUUUGUACGCCGGAGGAGACUAACCAUUCAGUGUUGAUUAAAUCGUUGAUUUAGAAACUCAGCUCAGUUUUCUUGUGAUAUUGACAAAAUGAGCGACAACGUGGAUAAAUCAAAAGCGCCGGAAUGGGUUGAUUCCAAUUUUUUGAAGGAAGUUCUGGAGUAUGAUGGAAAUUUCAAAAAUUUGAUAAUCAAUGACUUCCACAUCUUUUCAUCUUCCGCUCUUGGCGAUCACUUUGCCAGCAUCAUGUUUCGAGUUAAUAUCACGUUUUCAGCACAAGAUCAUCCAAGUGAAAAAUGCUCGAUAAUAAUCAAAACCUUACCAAUCGUUGAAGGAUUCAAAAAGGAUGCAUUAGACAAAACCAAUAUAGAUCUUUUCGGCACUGAAAUUUUCAUGUACUCCAAAGUCCUGACCGAAUGCAGAAAAAUUUUAAAAAGUGCAGGCUACAAUGACUUACUGGCUGCAAGAAUGAUUUACCAGUCAACGGAGCCCCACAAGGUGAUAGUUUUUGAAGACUUAAGUGAGCUUGGAUACAUUAUGUUCCCAAGAACAAUUCCGAAUGAAGCUGAUACUGCAUUAAUUUUCUCCAAACUAGGGCAAUAUCAUGCGGCUACAUUCAAGUUAGCAGCAGAGGGUCACAAAGCUCUCAAGCUGAAAGGAGGUGUUUUCAAUUUCGGCGACAUAGAUAUGUUCAAUUAUUUCCGAGAACCAUAUUCAUUUUUUACGGUACUAGUGGAAACAUUAUCUGGUUUUGAGGAAGCCUCAGAAAAGUUAGCCAAAGUAUCCUUUGAUAAAAUCGUGAAAAACUGUAUACAAAUUGUCAAUGCACCUGGAUCUUAUGAGGUACUCAAUCAUGGUGACUACCACAUCAAAAACAUGAUGUUCAAGGGGACAAAUGAGACAGCCAUAUCAGAAAUCGUGCUGGUUGACUUCCAAAUAUGUCACUGGGGCUCGCCAGCCUUUGAUCUUGCCUAUAUGUCAGCUAUUAUCCCACCUAGAAUACGACCACAGGCCUACAAGCACUAUUUCGAUGUAUUCAUAGAUGUCCUGGAAAAAUCUGGGUACAAAGGGCUAUUGCCUACAUUCGAGCAACUGCAAAAAGAUUUGAAGUCAUAUCGAAUUUUGGAUUUAUAUUUCCUGGGAACAAAUUCACCAGUCCUUUGUGCAGAUAAAGAUCAACUGAAGGACGAAAUGGAGACUCUGUUUAAGAAUCCAAGCUUGUUUAAAGUACUUUACAGCCAACCUACUUAUAUUUCCUAUGUGAAAGAGUUACUAACAGUACUGUUGCAAGAGGGCUUUCUAGAUGAUCUGAUAAACUCCGAAAAUCUGCAGUACGAAAAACUAGCUUAUAGUCGGGGAAACUGGGUGGAAAUUGAAACGAUUGCGUUGAGAGGUCGCCAGCUAUCUUUGCGUCAAGGUAGAAAAAUGAAUUUCUUUGACGAGGAAUCAGUGCCACCCGAGUGGAUCAAUUCAGACUUUCUGAAGGAAGUUCUCGAAUUUAAUGGAGAGCUGAAGGGUGUUUCGAUUGACGAAUAUGAAACCGCUCCAGCAGUUGGUCCCAGUGACCAUUUUGCAAGCAUCAUGUUUCGAACGAAAAUCACUUAUUCAACGGACGAGAAGAAGGGUGAGAAAUGUUCCGUGAUCAUUAAAGCUAUGCCAACUGUGCCAGGCAUGAAGUUGGAUUUUGUUACGAAGAACGAUUUGGAUUAUUUCGGGACGGAAAUUUUCAUGUAUUCAAAAGUACUAGGAAGGUGCGAGGAGAUAUUGAAAAAUGCAGGCUACACUGAUAAGCUGGUAGCAAAGAUCUUGUAUUACUCAGAAGAGCCAAGAAAAGUACUUGUUUUUGAAGAUCUGAAAGAGCUUGGGUACGCCAUGCCUACAAGAAUGCUUCCCAACGAUGAGGAAGCAAAGAUUUUCUUCAGUAAACUUGCGCAAUAUCACGCAGCCGUGUUUAAGCUAGAAAGUGAGGGUCAUGAAAAUAUGAAACGCAGAGGAACCAUGUUCAAUGCGCCGUACAUGAUGCCUUUUGACGGAAUUUCAGCUCUGUGCGAAGCAGUUCGUACUAUUCCUGGUUACGAAACUAUCGCAGAGAAACUGAGUCAAAUUUCGCAAAUGAAGUUAUUUGAAAAAUGUAAGCAAACUUUAAACAUUCCCGGCUCGUAUAACCUUCUUAGCCAUGGUGACUUCCAUGUCAGAAAUAUGAUGUUCAAAAAUAAUAAAGAGGGCGCAGUUGAACAAGCUGUUCUGGUCGAUUUCCAAAUGUGCAACUGGGGUUCCCCUGCAUAUGACUUAAUUGACAUCGCAGCCGUUAUACCGUAUAGUAAGCGGGAGAAACUCUACAAGUUGUACUUCGACACAUUCACCGAUAUAUUGGUGAAAUCCGGAUUUGAAGGAACUUUACCUACGUAUGAGCUUUUUCAGAAGGAAAUGAAGAGAUAUCAACAUUUUGACCUCCAAUUUUUAUGUAUUUCAACAAUUGCCAUGACCUUGGAUACUGCGAAAGCAGACCCAGCCGAGAUGAUGAAGCUUAUGUUCAACAAAGAGAUUGUUCUGCAAGUUUUCAAACAACCGAAAUAUCUUGCAUUCGUAAAGGAGUUAUUGCCAGUUCUAUUGGAGGAAGGUGUGCUCGAUGAAAUAAUACAAUCAAACUAAAUAAAAUCAAUUUACAUGUGCAUGUAUUACAAGAAUUGUACUAUUUUUCUACUAAUUAAAUAACUGGGCAAGCA